AUGGAUGGUGUUAUAAGUCGCCUCCGUAACACUGUAACAGGAGCACUCCCCGGUAAUCCUAUAAGUCGUGAUUUUGAACUGGAUCGCCAAGUUGCCUCUUCGGGUCCGGGCUUGAUGUGGAAGCUCUAUUCUGCCACUAAGAAGUCAUCAAAAGAGGCUGCGACUGUCUGGAUUUUCGAAAAACGACUACUAGAUCGUUAUUCAAAGCCACAGAAGACUCUGAUGCUGGAGAAACUUCGACACGGUGUAUCUGCCUUGACCAAACUGCGCCACCCUCGAAUCCUCUCCGUUAUGCACCCACUCGAGGAUUCCCGUGAUAGUUUAGGGUUUGCUACCGAGCCAGUCUUCACUUCUCUCGCUAACGCUCUUGGACGUCAUGAUAACCUCACAGGUCCGAUCAUUGAUAAGCUUAACGAUUUUAAAUUUACGGACAUCGAACUUAAGUAUGGCAUACUACAGCUAGCAGUGGGCAAUCUGAUGGUGAAGAUGACAACGUUGAUGUUCUAUGCUGGCAGUCAACAGUGCUUCCUCUAUGUCAACCUCAGCUUGACUACAGCAGUCCCGAAACUGUCAUAA